AUGAGUAAUCCUGCAGAAGGGACAGAAAUUGCUCGAAGGGGUCCCUCUUUGUCAAAUGCUGUAGUUUUAAAGGCACCGGAAUGCAAUAGCAAAGCCCAAUGUGAUAGCGUAAACAAAAGUCUAGAAACUAUUUCAAGUCCGCCCAGGAAAAUAAAGAAGUACAUAACCAUUGAUGAUACAGUGAAUACAGAUGAUGUUUUCGAUGUUUCUUCUGCACAGUACGUUGAUGUUGAAGUCGAAAAAAUAAGCCUUGUCGAAGAUGGUCAAACUUUAUUUUGCUCUAAAAAACUUGGUUGUGUUACCGUUUAUUUGCGAGGCAUAUGGGCUUCUUUGAGUGUCCGGCCUAAAGCGCAUCUUCGUGUCAUUGCGCCAUUAAAACUAACUGAUAUGGAACUAAUUGUGGACGAUGAGCACGGUCUUGUUAUAGUUGAAAGCAGUGAACUGGUUCCUUGCACGUUGAUCACAGAAGGCGUCUUUUGUAGACGAAAAGCAGUAAUAAAUCAGCGCUUCGGUAGAUCUAAUCAGUCUAAUGAAGCAGUGCUUAUUGGUACUAUUGUACACUCGCUUUUUCAGGCUGUAGUACGCAAAAAGCCAAAAUAUCUUACUCAUGCUUGGGUUUUGGGUUUUUGGAGAAGAGAGUUACGGUGUUUGUAUAUUGAUCGGCUAAUUGCACUUGGCCUCACGUUCCAAAAGGUGGAGAAACGACUUGAACCUUACAUAGAAUCGAUAAUAAAGUGGGUAAAAAAGUAUAUGCCUGCGCCACUUGGCCAAAAUGAUAAUUUCGACGACGGUUCUACUUUAGUUAGUGUUACAGAUAUAGAAGAAAGUCUUUGGGAUCCUAUUAUCGGCAUCAAGGGGAAAGUGGAUGUAACUCUUCAGGUGAAGAUUAGAGGUAAAGGUAUUAGUGAGGAACCGUUGGAGCUGAAAACUGGGAAAAGUAAAGUUAGUGUGGAACAUUAUGGUCAGGUUAUGCUCUACUGCCUUGCAUUGGCAGCGAGACGGUUUGAACUGGGUUCUGUAGGGAAUGGUACUUUACUAUACCUAAUUGAUGGUACCACGCAGAGAAUUCGCCCUAAAAAAAAUGAUCUGAACGGGAUUUUACAUCUCCGCAAUGAGCUUGCUGUCGCGCUUAGUGAAAUUUCUGAAUUUUCUUUCCCUCCUCCUCUAAAUAUUAACUGCUGCAAGAAUUGUGAACGAGCGGUGACGUGCUUCGUCUUACAGAGGACCGCCUGCGCGGGUGUCAAUAGUUCAAAAGAUUUGGACAGUCUUUCUUCACUGAUUAUUUCUCAUCUUUCAUUUGACGACGUAAGCUACUUCAAGAAAUGGAUUCGUUGGAUAUUUCUUGAAUGGAAUGCUGGAAACCUUUUGAAAUGUAAUAUACGGAAUGAAGUCGUUGAAAUUGCUGCUGAAAUUGAUGGAAGUCGUCUUGAUCGUUCUGUGGAGUAUAUCCUUGAUCGGUAUGACAGGAAUUCUGUCCCAUCUACAAAUUUGGGAAAUGUAGCGUUAUUAAUGCAGGAUACGCCACAUACGCAGAAAUUACGAUCACUUAUUGUCGGCACAGAAGAACCAAAAUUCACUAAAAUGCGGAAAGAUGAUUUGCUGCAGAUUUCUUCGUUGGUGAGGCUUCUGAACCGUGAACAGGGUCUUGCUGUCGUCAGGUCAUUGAUGGCAGAAGACUACGUUGUGGUAGAGGGUUUCCCCGGGUCUGGCAAGUUGGUAUUUAUUGAAGGUAAAACUAGCACUAUCGUUGUCUUGAUCCAGUGUUUACUACGGCUAGGUCGCACGGUUUUGCUUACAUCGUACACUCAUUCUGCUGUUGACAAUUUAGUUUCAAAGUUGUUAAAGUAUGUGGAACCUGAUCAAAUUCUACGUCUUGGAAGUGCGUCAGCUAUCAAGCCAGAGCUGUUGAAGUUGACACUCACUGAGAAACUUGUUUCGGCAACAAGUCCAGAGGAGAAAUUUAUUCUUGCGAAACGUAUCUUAACUAAAACGCCUCUAGUAGCUUGCACUUGCCUAGAGGUCGCAUCAAACAUUCUUUUUUCUUACCGACGGUUUUCCGCAGCUGUUAUUGAUGAGGCUUCACAAUCUCUUGAAGCCACUAUAAUUCCUCCGAUCGUUGUUUCAAAUGCUUUUAUUCUUGUGGGCGAUUCGCAACAAUUAUCUCCACUUGUCCGGUCGAAAGAAGCUAGAAAUGAAGGUAUGGCUGUUUCUUUGAUGGAACGUUUAAAGAGCCAUGAAGCAGCGACAGUAACACUUCGAUCUCAGUAUAGAAUGAACAGUGCAAUUGUCAGCUUCAGCAGUAGGCUGUUUUAUGAGGGGAAGAUGGUAUGUGCAAAUGAGCAGGUUGCCAAUUCCUGUUUGUCUUUGUCUUGGGAGAACCUGAGUUUAAACAUUAUGGCGGAUCCGCGUUCGUUGAUUAUAUCUGGUGCACUCGAAGACUCUGUUGUUUUUAUAGAUACUAGGUCUUAUAAAUUUCAACGAUUCAGAUGUGAAAAAAUUAAGAAUUUAUGCUAUAACAAUGGGGAAAUGUUGUUAGUGAAAGAACUAUGCGACCUUCUUAUAACCCUUGGACUUCCUAGUCAAGACGUCGGGGUUAUUUCUUUUUAUCGUUACCAUGCUAAUAGACUUCGUGAAUUGCUUCAAACUCCAAUUGAAGUUAACACCGUAGAUCAGUUUCAAGGACUGGAUAAAGUACUGGUUAUUGUGAGCUUUGUAUGGACUGAAGGCUGUGAUGCUGGCCGCAGUGAAUUGCUUUCUGACUUUCGCCGCUUAAAUGUUGCUUUAACGAGGGCCAAGAAUAAACUUAUAUUAAUUGGUUGUUUGCAGUCUAUAAGAAGGUUGGCCUUGCAUUUAUUAUUUGUUGUUGUAAAUGAAAGCUAUCCAGAUCUAAAUGCUUUUGCCGAGCUGAUCUCUGAGAGGAAUAUUGUCGGUGUUGAUGAUGUUUUUGGGCACUUGGCAGCUUGA